GUUCAUCUCGGAAUGACAGUUGUUUUGUGGUUAUAAAGAUAGAUAGAAAAUUCUAUCUCUAUCUCUUCAACCACCACCAUACGCAAUCCGGGAAGAGUUGUUGCCUGUGAAGGAUGCCUUCAGCUGCGAAUGCAAAGUCUGAGAAACCAGCCUCUUCGGAGGCUUUGGAUAAUUCUCCAAUACGACAAAUUAUGACAAUUAUUGAACACAAAAUCCGUAAUUUGGAGAAAAGAAAGAGCAAGCUAACAUCAUAUAGAGACUUGCAAAAAGCUGGAAAAGAACUCAACAGCGAUCAAAAAGUAGCAGUUGCUAAAUAUGAUGAGGUUGCUCAAACCCUGGAAUUUGCGAGAGACCUAUCAAAGCAAGUAACAUCAAUAGCUACUUCUGCAGAACGUGAAGCUAAAAAACAAGCAAAAAAGGAUGCAUGGGUGCGGUAUGCAGCAGAAACAAGUAAAAUCCGAGAGGUCUUACUUGUUUUGGACUGCCUGAACCAAAUGGGAAAUACGGAAGCCAGAAAUGACUUUCUGAAUGGAACCAAUGGCGCAGUGAAGCUCACUGAAGAGGAUCUGAAAAUUUUGGAUGAUCUGUAUCCUGAAGUGACCCCCAAACACGAAGUGAAUGAGGAAGGCCAACCUGGAUUCCAUAUCCAUACCACAAAAGCUGCUGAACAUCUGUAUGCUAUAAUAGAUGGGAAGCCUAAGGAAAUAUUAGGCACCACUUAUACUCAUAUCAAGGAGAUUGUUAGUGCAGUGCAUGAAUGUGGCUACUUUGACCGUUCAGCAGAUAUUGUAGUAUCGGAAGUUGAAGAGAGUCAUGUUGUGCCUGAAGCUGAGCCUGUGGAAGUAGUGGAUAAUGAGGUGGAGCCCGAGGUGGCGGCGGCGUACCCGCCCGGCGCACUGCCCGUGCCGCCUGCGCCCGCUGUCGUUCCCGCGCCUGCCUAUCCGCUCAGGCCGCUGCCGCCCAUCACAUUGCAGGAAGUCGAACAUGCAUACUUUGCCCAGCAAUAUCCUCAACAGAGACCGAUUGCUGAGGUUAUUGGAUCUCAGAACUUCUUCUUUCUGCAAGAGUCUGAAAUUGACAGUCCCGUCGGCACACCACAACCCCCGGUCAUAGCUAAUCAGCCGUCGCCACCUGCGCCGAUUCCUUCGCAGACUUUCACAAACCAGCAUUUCGUACAACUACCGGGCGGGCGCGUGGCCGAGCCCGGCACGCUGCCGAUGCCGCCGCAGCCGCACUUCCCGCCGCACCCCGAGCACGCGGGCUUCGCGCCCGGCGUGGCGCUGGCGGGCGUGCCGGCCGGCCACGCGCUGGUGGCGCCGCUGCCGCAUGUGCCCGCCAUGCCGGCGCCGCCGCCCAACCCGCAGCCCGCCCCGCUCGCCAUCGACGACUGCCCGGUCUCUGCAUCUGCAGAUGAUAAAAAUGAAGAUGAAGUCAAGGAGAGUGGAAGUCCCGAACGCGAUGAUGGUGGAGAUCGGAAAAUUCACGGACAAGGUGAUGGCCAAGCUAGGUACCGACGAUUUGGACGCGGUGGUGGUGGUGGCGGCGGCAGAGGUGCUCCAAACGGUCACCGAGGUCGCGGAGCAUUCCAGAACAGACAAGGUGGUGAGGGAUACCGUGGAAGGCACCCUGGUGACUAUCAGGGGAGGUCCGGUAAAGAUGGCUACCAGAACAGGCAGUACGACGGAUAUCAAAACAGACAUGGUAAAGACGGAUAUCAAGGUCGCGGAGGUGACGACCGCGACGGAUAUUAUGGCAAUGGUGACACUGGUGAUAGCCACCAACAAAAUGAAAAUGGUGGUCGCGACAGAUACAAUGAUAACCAGAGCUACCAGGGCGGCUUCAAGGGUCGCGGCAGAGGGGGUCCUCGUGGCGGAGUUCGCGGCGCGACGCGGCCUCCUCGUCCGCAGUACACCCGUAAACCCGAAAAAGUUGAAUAGUUCUUGUGGAUCUCGACGGUAUUGUUGCAUUAGCGACUUUACCACGAUAAAAAUGUAUUAAUAUGACGGACAAAUUCAUUCGUGGAAGGCAGAUUUCACCGGCAACAACGCGCUGUGGUUAACAAACGAGAGAUUAUGGUAUAAAAAUAAAUAAAAAAAUAAUAAAAAAAAAGUAAAAUAUUAAAACUUGAAACUGAAUAAAAAAUAAGUUACUUGAGUUUAGAUGUAUGAUAUAUGCAGUUAUUAAUACUUACGUACUUGUAUAAGUUAUGUCACGCAAGUGACUAGUGAUGCGGUACGAGAGGCCGCUCGUGGCCGCCGUCAGUCGCUCAGUACCUCGUGCGUGCCUCGUCCUCGUGAUAAUAUAAGUACAGGAGAUGUGCACACAACUGACUAAACACUGUCAACUGGGACCUUUUUCCAAAUCACAUUGAUCUUUGUACUUUUAAUACAGUUGAUUUAAAAUAGUAAUUAUAAAUGUGUUAAGAUAUUAUAUACAUAUUUGUUUCUCAUAAAACAUCAAAGUUAUUAUAAAGCUUUCAUCUCAAUUACAUUAUAAUUUUGCUACUAUUCCUGCGCAACUUUUUUGAGUUUUGUUUUUGAUUAUAUUGGAAUUGAACUGGUAUGCGAUACCUAAUACUUAUACCUGUUGACAUUUUAUGAGUUAAGAAACAGAACUGGCCAUAUCACAUUAAUUAUGUAGUUAACUGGAAUAAGUUCCAAUCUGUUCGUAAAUAGCUCUACUUGAUUUUGCUUGUAAUUAUUUAUCUUUCAAAUAGAGCUAUUGUCGUCAAGUUGAUUGAUGUUUGUGGUAUUUGGUUCCCCUGAAAUAUUUUUGUUUGUCUUGUCCAGGCUUUUUACAUAUUCCUUACAUUGUUCUCAAUAGAGGCUGUGUGCAAGCAAAUUAAAAGUAUUCUAUAAAA